GGUAGAUACUUUAUUGUAACUAGAAUGUCUCCUGUGAUACUUCUGUCAAUUUGCAUCAUUUAUUUAUUUGAAUUUGUUGCUAAAAUUGAUGGUUUCUCCAUUCAGUUUGGUUAUCAACAUCCGUCUGCAGUGCCCAUCCAUGAAGUUGAGAUUCGUUGGAAGAGUGGUGUGUACUAUAUGGACUUCGUUGACAAUGCUAAACAAAACAAGUUCAAAUUUAGAAUUAAUCUGAUAUUGGUCUUUGAUGAGAGUCAAUUGGAAUCUGGUGUUUUGACGGAGAUAAUGCGAGGUGGCAUUGGCUUUAACUUUACGACACUGCGCUUGCGGAGCUUUCAUUUCGAUGGGUCGAAAGCAAGAAGUGCAAAGGUAACAGUUCUUAUUUAUGGGCUGGAGGAAUCUCAUAUAUGAUUUGUUUACAAUUAUCUUAUAAAUAUAUGCUCUCUGUUACUUUAUUGCUGUUAUGCUUGUAAAGUUUAUUUUAUAAUUAGUCCCCCAA